AUGUCAGCUCCUCAUCGACGUGGACCCUGGGCGCCAGCCGAGGAUGCCUACUUGGUAAAACUUGUUGAUACACAAGGAGCUUUGAAUUGGGUAAGAAUAGCACAACUCAUCGGUUCAAGAUCUCCAAAGCAAUGUCGAGAACGUUACCAUCAAAACCUCAAACCUACCUUAAACCAUGAUCCAAUAAGUCCAGAAGAAGGACUUCAAAUCGAAAGGUUAGUAGGAGAGAUGGGCAAGAGAUGGGCCGAGAUUGCUCGAAGACUUGAAGGACGAAGUGACAACGCCGUCAAGAACUGGUGGAAUGGAAGCAUGAACCGAAGACGUCGGUUGGUUCUACGUAGAAGGCCAUCGUCUCAUACACACCCCUUCAACGAGCAAUCUGAAACCCUUUCAUUCGCACGACCAAUUCAUUCUCAUCCUUAUGACACAUCACGCCCAGUCGACGCAUAUUUCUCAAGAAAACCCCACGGUCAUCUCUCAUCACCAUCAGUAUCCGAAGCAUCACGAGCAGAAUCACUCGACGGUGCUCCUUCUUUAAUCUCAGACACCGGCUCCAACUUCUCCAUCUCCCCUCGAGUAGCAUCCUCGUCCUCGCGCGAACUCCCCCCUCUAUCCUCCUUCGACCGUUUCGAUACUCGAAGACCUAGUAUCCCACAGCGGCAGUUCAGACCCAACCCUUCACCUUACUCAUAUGAAUCCGAAUCACAAUCGUCAUGUCAUCCUUCAUUAGAAAGAAAACCGUACAAUAAUCACGCACAUUCCAACUCCUCGCCAAAAUGGUAUCUUCACGCCUCAGGCCCGAGCGCUGUGAGUCAAUCAGGGGGGCAUGAUCUACGCCCUUGUCCAGACCAACAAUACCAAUACCCUGCUACAUCACCUCCAUAUCCACCGCCACAACCAAGAACAUCCGCGCAACCAUUAAAUGCGCCGCCUAGCCCGCUACAUAUCCGGUUGCCCCCGAUUAUUCGACCGCUUAGUCCUGUGGAGUCGAAAGACGAGAGGAUGGAAAUUAUGAGGCUUUUGAUGUGA